AUGUUUCAACUUAUCGCUCUCCUCGGUCUCCUUACGAUCGUUGGAGCGCUAGAGAAACACGUGAUGUCCACCAAUUUCCUCCAAUGUUACAAGGAUUCCAAUGCUAAUCAUCUCGAUAAUUAUUACCAUUAUCACGACAAAGCGCAUACCGGAUAUGAAAGAGUCGACGAUUGUCCCAAUUGCGAUUUCUGCCAGAAAGUUACGACAAAGCUUAAUGAUGUAUGGAGCACGUCAUGGGGUUGUGGAUGUGGGUCGAGGAAUCCGCUUUACAAUUGCAGGUCCGAGGGCAGAACCCACAGUCAUGACAAUCGUUACGAAACUGAUUACAGUGAAGACAUCUGGUGUUGCAGCGGUGAUUUGUGCAAUUCGAGCUCAACCACAGCCUUGCUUCUCUCAUCGAUUCUCACUCUUGUCGUAGCAUGGCAA